CUUUUCCCCUUUGUGCCAUCCGGGUCUCUGGCGCGAGCUAUUCAGUCUGUGGCGAAGCAUCGAAGCGGCCAGUACUGUGGAAAGCGGCGAGUGGAGGCGCCGCCGUUGCGGCCAAGACUCUGGACUAUGGCGGCUAGUGACGCAGAACGAGAUGGACUAGCCCCAGAAAAAACAUCCCUAGAUACAGAUAAGAAAAAAGAGCAGUCUGAUGUAGCUGUUUCUCCUAGAGCCUCAAAACAUCAUUAUUCAAGAUCACGGUCAAGGUCAAGAGAAAGAAAACAAAAGUCAGAUAAUGAAGGAAGAAAACACAGGAGCCGGAGCAGAAGCAAAGAGGCAAGAAGACAUGAAUCCAAAGAGAAGUCGUCUAAGAAACACAAGUCUGAGGAACAUAAUGACAAAGAACAUUCUUCUGAUAAAGGAAGAGAGCAGCUAAUCAGAAGUCACUCAAGGUCUAGGUCUCGUGAAAGGCGUCAUCGUAGUAGAAGCAGAGAGCGGAAGAAGUCAAGAUCCAGGAGUGGGGACAGGAAGAAGUUAAGAUCCAGAAGCAGAGGGAGGAAGAAAUCACGAUUCAGAAGCAGGGGAAGAAAACGUCGGAUCCGGUCUCGUUCCCACUCAAGAUCAAGACACAGGCAUAGGAGUAGAAGCAGGAGUAGGACAAGGAGUAGAAGUCGAGAUAGGAAGAAGAGAACUGAAAGACCAAGAAGAUUUAGCAGAAGUUUAAGCCGAACUCCUAGUCCACCUCCCUUUAGAGGCAGAAACACAGCAAUGGAUGCCCAAGAAGCUUUAGCUAGGAGGUUGGAAAGGGCAAAGAAAUUACAAGAACAGAGAGGAAAGGAAAUGGUUGAAAAACAAAAACAACAGGAAAUAGUUGCAGCAGCUGCCGCUACUGGAGGUUCUGUUCUCAAUGUUGCUGCCCUCUUGGCGUCAGGAACACAAGUAACUUCUCAGAUAGCUAUGGCAGCUCAGAUGGCAGCCUUGCAGGCAAAAGCUUUGGCAGAGACCGGAAUAGCUGUACCUAGCUAUUACAACCCAGCAGCUGUGAAUCCAAUGAAAUUUGCUGAACAAGAGAAAAAAAGGAAAAUGCUAUGGCAAUGCAAGAAAGAAGGAGACAAAUCCCAGUCUGCUGAAAUAUGGGAGAAAUUGAAUUUUGGAAACAAGGACCAAAACGUCAAAUUUAGGAAAUUAAUGGGUAUUAAGAGUGAAGAUGAAGCUGGAUGUAGCUCUGUUGAUGAGGAACGUUACAAGACACUGAAACAGCAGGAAGAAGUGUUUAGAAAUCUAGAUGCUCAGUAUGAAAUGGCAAGAUCACAAACCCACACACAGAGAGGAAUGGGUUUCACAUCAUCAAUGCGAGGAAUGGAUGCAGUUUGAAGAAGAUCACACUUUAUAUUUGGGACUUUUAUAGACUUCUGGUUCUGAUGUCAGGUCCUUGUUCACCGAAGAGCUAGCAUUCUAGCUUGCAUGGGUGUUGCACUGACUUUAAUUUAUUGAAAAAUAUGAUUUUUUUGUAAAUAUCAGAUCAGUGAUACUGGUGUUAGUGUUGUAAUCAGGUUAAACCCACUUCCAUUAAACUUGACAGGACUAUAGAAGGACAAUAUUUUUUAGUUCAUGAAUUCUACUUUUCAAAUAUAUAAAAGCUGCAGGUGGGAUAAAUAUCUCAUACAUGAAUUUUUGGUGUCCGCUGUCUUGUGUACCUUUUGUACUUAACCUUGUACAGUUAUUUUCAUCUCUUGAAACAUGAAAGAAAUGUUAUGUAGAUGUUCUUUAGAAGAUCUGGCCAUUUGGUACAUAAUCCAGCACAAAUAAGCUGGGUGGUAAUGAUAAUAAAAUUGGCUUUCU